CGAUGACCGUUGACAGGUUUAAAUCUCAGGCCACGCCUCCUGCGUCACGAGGACUCGAUUCAGUCUCCAUGCGCAACCUAAACAACUUAAAAAACAACAACAAAACCGACAUUAUUUAUCAUAAUGGCAUAACAUUGCACAGAAAGAUUGACCCCUGCUGACAUCGGGACCACGAAUUACCCUAAUAAUGUCAGCCAAGGAAGAUGUUAUAUCCACAGACGAGCUGAGGAAGAGGCUUUAUAAAACGCUGAGAGAUAGGGGAGUGCUGGAUACACUUAAGACCCAGCUGCGCAACCAACUUAUCCACGAGUUAAAACCAGCACCAUUAAGCGGAGCAGAACCAUCCCUGAGAUCAGAUUCAUAUUUGAUCUCAGCCUGCAACAACAUAGUGGCUGACUAUCUUCUCAACUCAGGCUAUGAGUACUCAUUAUCUGUAUUCUGCCCCGAAAGUGGCCUGUCCCAAGAGAAGGUGUUCAAGAAAGGAGAUCUCCUGCAGCAUCUUAAAAUCAGCCCCGAGUCACCACUUUACAAAUUCCUGUCUCCGAGCAUCGACAAUACAGGCUUUUUAAUCAACCUUGUGUCACACGUCACUGACCAUCAACCUGCUGUUCUUCACUGUGACGCAGACACUCAGACAUACAGCUCAGCUAGUUACGAACAGUCUAUCGUUGAGAAGAUGAAAAUGAUCGACAAGGAAUAUGAGAACGUGAACUGCAGCGGGGAAAAGUGGUUUUCAUUUCAGUCUAAACUAGCUUCCUAUCGGAGAGAAUUAGAAUCCCAGAUGCAGACUGAAAUUAACACAAAGAUGCAGCAUUUUAAAGAGGUUGAACUCGCCAAGGUGAAGAUGGAGGAAAAAGUGCAGUUUCAGAAGGAGUUUGAGAAGUUCAAACAAGAACUGGCGAGAACCUAUGAAAUGAAGACGAAGGCGUUAAACACCAGGGAGAAACACGCCAUUGAGCGGCUUCAAAAACAACAAGAGAUCGAGGAAAAAAAUGUGUACAUGCAGAGGCAAAUGGUGCUGAAAGAAAUCGACACGCUGCGUAACAGAGAAAAUGAGCUGAAGUUGAGAAUGGAGUCUUUUGAAGAGACUUGUCAAAUACACAAAGAGAAGAUGAAGGCCGGCGAAGAUCUUCUGAGGAGGCGAGAACUGGCAGUGAAGACAAUGGAAGAAAUGUAUGACCAAAGGCUGAAGAAUGAACUUUCCAGCUAUCAGCUGGAGCUAAAGGAGGAUUACAGCAAGAGGGCAGAGCAACUCACAAUGAGUGAGAAGCUAAACAAAGAAGAAAGUAUUCGCCUUCAACACGAUUCCGCUGCAAUGAAAGCCAAAUUGGAGGAGUACAAUAAAGCCUGUUCGGAUACGAAACGACUGCAGGGGGAGCUCGAUGCGGCGCAGCAGCAAACUUGUCUGCUCCGUCAGCAGAAUGAACUGCUGAGAGAAAGACUGGAGAGUAUGAGCGACUUCCCCAAUUUGAAAGAAGAAACUGCACGCCUGCAGGGACAAGUGAAGCUUCUGCAGAAACAGCUGGUGGAGGCCCAGGAGGAGAACGGGCAUCUCCGUGCAGACUUGGGCAAGCCUUCCGAGGAGCAGCUGGCCUUGCAGGUGGAGGUCCGCAAGCUUCAAAGUGCUCGCAAACUGGAUGAGGAGGAGUUUGCGAACCAGAAGCACGAGCUGCAGAAACAGCUCCAGUUAGAGGCGGAGCGACGCGGCCAGCUGAACAUGCAGCUGAUGGAGUGUGAGGAGAAGCUGCAGUGGACCACCGCUCACAUUGAGGACCUCAAAAUGCAGCUUCGCCAAACCCAACAAGCUCUUGAAAACGAAGUGCUGCUCAACCCCAAGCCCUCCCUGGUCGACCGCUCCAUGUUGGAGUUCGCCGACGACAAGCUGGUGCCCCCCGACAUCUACGUGGACCGAGCGGCGCUGAGGCCCCCGGCGGCCUACGAGCACGUCGGCGACGUAGAUCAACUCGUGCACGGCGACUCCAGCUCCGACUUGGAGAUGCUGGCCGAAUGUCACACUCGUAUUCGAGAGCUGGAGAGGGAAGCUGAAAGCUUGCAGGAAAAAUGCACCAAGUACCAGCAGAGGGCAGCGCGCUCCAGCAUCUCAAGGAGGCGUCCCGCAACGCCUUCAAGUCGGGCCGACUCUCCUCUGCUGACACUAAUUUCUGACCUCUCCCACCCUUACAACGCCCAGCUGUCAAAGGGCUUCACGAGGCCACUGUCUCCUGAAAAAGCUCAAACCCCCUCCCCAGCACCCUAUGAUGCUGGAAACGCCUUCCCGGCUGCUCACCACCGAGUGACCUUCUAUCAAGACCAGCUUCACAAGUCCUAUGGCAUGAGCAGCCUUUCGUCAGCAGAAGCUCAGUCUCCGAGGCAUGAUGACCUCCCCAAGGAGCAACACUCAUUCACACGUUUGUCCUUCCCCACCAGGAGGAAGCUUCAGCGAGACGCGGAUGAAGAAGCCACUUUGUCGCCAUUGUUCCGGGACUCACACGACAGCCGCCUCCCCUCGGCCAACCGCGACGACGCGUCCAGCUCGGGUGAAAUCUCCCCUGGGCUGAGCUCGCCUCGCAGCCCUCAGCUGCAGAGCACCGUGCGAGAUCGACGCAGUGUUCCAAAUCGACAAUGUGUCUCCUCCAGCUCACAUUCUUCCCCGCAGCCCGAAAGGAUAUACGUUGCGGAUCUCACCGGGAUUUCACCAGAACCCGGGCACAUUCCAGAGCUUCUCUUGGACACUGCCGUCCCUCUCUACUCCUCCGAGGCCCCCGGUGGCCCCUCUGUCCCCUGCCCACAGUCCCCACGGGACCUCCCGGAAGCCGCGGCUGAGUCACGGGGCCAAAUAGAAUCCCUCCAAAUCUCAACGGCCUCAGAGGGUGAGGAUAAAGAGGAUGAGGAACAGCGAUGGGAAAGAGAGAGAAAAGAAAGGCAAGAAGUGAGGCGACGGGAGCAAGAGGAGGCCAGAGAGAGAGAACAACAGGAAGCGGAGAGACUGGAGAAAGAAACUCUUUUGCGACAACAACAACAACAGGAGGAGGAGGAGGAGGAGGCAAGGAAAAAUGAGGAAGGAGAUUGGGACAAGACGCAGGAAGCACAAGUCCCGAGUGAAAACCCCUUGGAGAAAUACAUGAAGAUGGUUUUGAAAGCCAGAGAGAAAAAACAAGACAAGAGCUCUGGUGGUGAAGAAGAACACAUGAGCCCAGAGGUCAAGAGUUUGUCUGAAGAGAAAGAUAAUAGCAUUGCAGCAUAUUCGCACAAGGAUGAAGAUGCCGACGAUGAUUUUUGGUGAUUGCUGGCGAUUUUUUUUUUUAAUGCUUUUAUAGGAUGUAGAUAAAUAAAUG